AGCCGGCGGGUCUUCCUCAACCACCUCGACUCUUACUGCGGCCGCAGCAUCGGCGAGUAUUUAUCCAGAUGUGUUGUUGGGGCAUCGCUUGAAAGCAUAGAAGAAGAAGAAGAAGAGGAGGAGGAAGAUGAAAAUAAUCCAGCUGCUGAAGUUUCUAGUAGGCCGAAAGAGGGACUCUACCAAAUAGUGGGUACCCUUUCUAAAGCAGAGAGUGCUAAACCACGUUUUGCAGAGGAAAUAUAUGCAGUCUCUUCUCGAAAAGAGCUCUUAAGUCACUUGCUUGAGUGUGAGAUCAUUUUAUAUAAUAUCACUGAGGAUGCAAAUCAAAUUGAGGAAGCAACAUGGGCUGCUUCUGCCUUACAUAUGGAAAUAGAGCAUUUUGCAACACCAAAGUUAUUCAUUCUCCUUUCAACAAUAAUGAGCUGGGCAAAAAGCAAACCCCCUGACCCUGAAGAUCCUGAGAUUCCUUUUACUGAUGAGGAUUAUCGCAGAAGAAAAUCUCAUCCUAACUUUAUGGCACACAUAAAUGCUGAAAAACUCAUUCUCAAACUUGGGAAAACUAACAAACAUAAAUUUUCAACUUAUGUUGUUGCCUCAGGACAUCAAUAUGGAGCUGGGGAAGGAGUCUUGCACUACUUUUUUAAGAUAGGUUGGCUUAGUGAGACCCCUACAAUACCUGUUUUUGGAGACGGAAACAAUUUUAUUCCAACCAUUCAUGUUCUUGAUUUAGCAGCAGUGCUACAAAAUAUAGCAGAUCAUAGGCCAAGGUCUCACUAUAUACUUGCAGUAGAUGUAUCUAUGCACACUCUUCAAGAAUUAGUAAAGUGUAUCAGUAAAAAUAUUGGACCAGGAAAAAUUGAGAAGAUUCCAAAAGAAAAUGCAUUCCUGAGCAAAGACUUAACACAAAUGCAUUUGGAUAUGUUGCUUGUGAACCUGCGAAUGGAAUCUAUGUUUCUGAAAGAGACUUUCAACAUUAAGUGGGUUGCUCAGGCAGGACUGGUGGAGAACAUUGAACAAAUCGUCAAGGAAUACAAGCAAAGUCGAGGAUUACUGCCUCUGAAAGUUUGCAUUCAUGGUCCUCCUGGGGUUGGCAAAUCUACCAUUGCUGAAGAGCUCUGCAAACACUACAAGCUACAUCACAUUAAGAUAAAUGAUGUGAUUUCUGAAACAAUAGCAAAUCUGGAGAACAUUGUGGCUCCUAAAGAACUGUACUCUGACAGUGUGGGAGAAGAGGGAGAAGAUGAUGAAGAAGAGGAGGGUAAAAAUGUAGAAGCAUCACACGAGUUAUUAGCUAGAAUAAAAGAAAGCAUGGAGCAGAAUGCAGGUCAUCUAGAUGAUCAGUAUGUUGUUAAAUUUGUGAAGGAUAAGCUCAAAUCUAUGCCUUGUAGGAAUCAGGGAUAUGUUUUAGAUGGGUUCCCAGAGACCUAUGACCAGGCAAAAGAUCUUUUUAAUUUGGAAAGUGAAGAUGAAGAAGAAGAAAUUAAAGGCAAAAUACCUAAAUGUGAUAUAUUAAUCAUACCUGAAUUUGUUAUUUCUUUGACCGCAUCUGAUGAAUUCCUUAUAAACAGAAUAAUAAAUCUGCCAGAGAGAAUUGUUGCUGGAACUCAUUAUACCCAGGACCAGUUCCUGCAAUCUUUGAAUCUCUUCAGAGACUUAAACACAGAAGAUAAGACUGUUCUCAACUAUUUUGAUGAACUUGAAAUACAUCCUCAGUUUAUUGACGUAGCCAAAUUUGAAGACCCUGAGAACAGACUUAUUGUAAAAGAGAUCAUCAAAGAAAUUGGGGAACCUCGGAAUUAUGGUUUGACAGAUGCAGAAAAGGAGAAUUUGGAACGCAAAGCAGCUGAGGAACGUCUUGUCAAAGAAGCUCAAGAAAAAGCUGAACGAGAGCGUAAGGAAGCUGAGGAAAGGGCUGAAAGGAUGGCAAAUUGGGAAGUGUGGAAUAAACAUCUGGAGGAAGUGAAAAGACAAGAACAAGAGUUAUUGGAGGCCCAGUCCAUUCCACUGCGAAACUAUUUAAUGAAGAACGUCAUGCCAACGCUUAUGCAAGGGAUAAAUGAAUGCUGUAAGAUCAGGCCAGAUGAUCCAGUCGAUUUUCUGGCAGAAUAUCUCUUCAAGAACAGUCCUGAUAUCGAAUGA